GUGACACUGGAGUGACAGUCAGGAAUACCGUGCAGAAUUAGAAUACCGCAGGACAUAAAGGAGCCAUGCACCAUGCUCGCUCUCGUUCCAGUUCGCCACUGAAGUUAACUAAGAGUCCACGCCCUGCUUGCACUCGUCCACUACUAGCAUCCAUUCACAUCCACAGUCAACUCUAAGCCAUCAGACGCCCCAUCGCCGCCUCCAUGCCUCCAUCACGCCACAACCAGCAGAGAGCGGAGCUCCAGCAGUCCUACUGUACCGGUAGUAGCUUCUCGUUGUAUUGAAACCCAGCACAUCAGUAGCUAGCCAUUGACACUGAAUGAAAAACUUGCAAUCUGUGUCGAGGAUUGAGGCAGCCCUAGCUGCAUUACAGUAUUGACACCACUUGCCCAAACCAAGGAGUAAUCCCAACUAUCUAAGUGGCCCUGUGUUAUCAUGUUGCCAACAACUGUACCGGGUUCAAUGGAGUCAACCGAGAUAACAGACCGCGGCGAAAAAUCGGACCAUAUGUCGACGAAGGAAUUGGCGGUUGUCGCACCUGUCAUGGAGGCUGAGGAACCAGAGAUACCACAGCACAUUGUUUCUCCAGACGACAAACCAGCAUUUCAACCAAAUAAAAACUUCCCAAUUUUCUAUGUUGCCGCUGGUGUCAUUAUUUUCGUGCUGGUCGUCACCAUUGGAUCCAUUUGCGGGACUGGUCACUGUGGAACUGGUGGUGGCAGUGAAGCAAUGGAAUCUGCCACUGGCAGAGAAGCCUUGAGGCAAGACUUUGAGCUACAAAUAACAGCUGGUUUGCGUUCUGUUCGUUUUGGCUUGGAUGACGAGAAUUCGGCCUACGAGAAGGCCCUUGAUUGGAUAAUAAAUGCAGAUCCACAGAAAUUGGAACCUGAUGCAGACAACUUGUUGCAACGGUUCAUCUUGGCCCUUCUAUACUAUCAGACAACAGCGAGAAAGCCCUGGUAUUCCUGCAACCCACCACAAGGUGCACAGGACGACACCUGUCAAUUUUCGCUUUAUGUCAACCACGAUGUAUGGGGAAUUCGAUGGCUCUCUGGCUCUCCUGAGUGUCAGUGGGGUGGCGUAAUCUGCGAAUCUGGGGUUGUUACUGGGAUCCAUUUGACUGCCAACGAAAUGAACAGUCAACUACCAGCUGAGCUGGGCGUGCUUCCAAAGCUGACCAAGCUAGAUUUCUCCCAUAACGAGCUGACGGGGACUAUUCCUUCCAGUCUCAUGCUAGCCGAGCUGGAUCUAGGAGCUAAUCAGUUUGUUGGGACGAUUCCGGCCGAAAUCUUCAAUAAUCCUGGUCUCGAAAAUCUGAAUCUUGGAAACAAUACGUUGACCGGGACGCUGCCGACAGAGGUUGGGCUUGCAUCUAAUCUCGUUCAGUUGGUUCUAGGAUUCAAUCGGUUGUCAGGUCUCUUGCCCAAUCAGCUGUUUGGCCUUUCGAAGAUGGAGUGGAUGUUCUUGGAAUCGAAUCAGUUCACGGGUACACUUUCGGAAGCAGUUGGGAAUCUUGUGAAUAUGCAGUAUCUCAUGAUUGGUCAUAGUUCCUUGGACGGACCUUUGCCCUCCGAGCUGGGAUUGUUAAAAUUGCUCAGGGAACUAAACAUUCAGAACAGUUUCAUCAGUGGCACGAUUCCAGAAGAGCUUUUCACCGGGUCCAGCUACCUUGCUGGUUUGGAUUUUGGAGAUUGCAAUCUCUCUGGAACCAUUAGCACCAGUGUCGGGCAUCUCACUAAAUUGAAUGUGCUGUUGCUAGCAAACAACAACUUCUCAGGAACCAUUCCAGAGGAAGUGACCGCUUUAACCGGCCUGUACCAGUUCUCAGUAAAUGGCAACCAGCUAUCCGGCUCGUUUCCAUCAGCCCUUUGUUCCAAUGUGCUCCCAGCAACUGGAACCCGCCUUGCAGCGGACUGUGAGCCCGAAAGGGACACGGGGAUUGCAGCCAUGCCUUGCCUCUGCUGCACGGAAUGCUGCGAGGCAUCAACUGGUAUUUGCAGCAAAGUUUAG